AUGACUAGAGUAAAUAAUGACUUGAGGAACAAAAUCCCGGAAAAUCUUCGUGAAGAUUUCGAGAAGCAGACAUACAAGGUUCAGUUUGUUCAGCUGCAGAAGGAUCAACUUACUACUGAACGCGAUGGUCUGCUAUUACAUCUGGAGCACGAGAUGGACAAGUAUGCAAGUGUUCUACGAAAACUGGAUGAGCAAAACAAAACAAUGGAGGAGAUAAAAAACGAGUUUCUGCGCGAAGUUUCUGAACGUAAAAAGCUGCGCGCAGAAGCUCUCAGUGCUCUAAAGGAGCAGGAAAAAAACCACUCUCUGGAAAUGGAUAAGCUAAACCAAACAAUACUGGAGUAUACUUGCUCCAUUUGUCUCAGCCCCUGGGACACGUUUGGCGAACACCGAUUGGCUUCUUUGGCCUGUGGACAUCUUUUUGGCGACGACUGCAUCAAGAUCUGCUUAAGCCGUGCGGGAGAAUGUCCAACUUGUAGAAGUUCGGCCCAUACUGGUGAUCUACGCUAUAUAUGUGAUCGUUACCAUUUGCUAUAA